UCUACUGGUCUCUUCCGCCCGCAUCCGUGGGAAGAUCGUAACGCAUGCAUCUUUCAGUGGUGUCUGGGAUGGUUUGUAUGAUCACGGCCUGAGCGUUCGUUUCAGUAACUGGUUCUGGCCACUCGGCGGCUUGUACCAGAGUACGGCCGCUGGGGCCAGUAAGGCUGCGCCGCCGCACAAUUCAUUACGUCGGUGCUGGGAACUCCCGCGGGCGAGGCAGGACGCACGUUAAGGAUUUCCCCGCCGUCCCGCGUUGAACGUUCGGGAUUGUUCUCAUAACGUCACGGCAGAGAACUCCUGCAGGCGAGGUGGGGUCGCAUACCUCGUCGGCGGCCGGUAAUUUGGAUUACAGAGAGAGCCCUGGAUGUUUGGCUUGUUUUGCCUUAGCUGGUAGGGAGGAAGAAUGGUGGAGAUCGACCUGCUGUAGUUGCUUUUUUUUGAAAGUGGGGAGAUAUCGGACACUGAUUGUGGAUUAUUUGUCCAAGUGUAUCCUCCUGAAAAGGCUUCUGGAACAAUCAGUAGGCAUCUGGAAAGUGAAUUGGAAGUUGUGAGCUUUCUCUUUCUAGAAGCACAGAGCGCUUCACCCUUGGACACUUCACAUGUCAUGGAUACAUGGCUGAAUGUAUCAAGUUUGGAAUGCUUUGGUUGUCAAAAUAAUGUGCUUCUUGGUUUUUAGUUACUUUUUUUCUUCCAAGCGAUGUUCUGUCUGAGUCAUAGGCAUAACCAGUUUUGUGAACUGACUCCAGAUUAAGUGCAGCCUGAGUUACUGUGUAGAUGUUGCUGAAAAGUUUCAUGGCAGAUAUUUUUACACACCCUCCUUUUUUUUUUUUGAUUUUCUAAUAUAGCCUUUUGUCAUUUUGCACUAAGACCUAUUUUCUAAAUGAAAAACGUAACAGUAAUUUGUUUGUAAUUACUUCUGUUGAAAAAUGUUGUUGCCGGUAUGCAAUAGAGUGAUAUCCAGAUAGCUGUUGUUUACAGAUGUCUCUGCUCUCUGAAAUUAGGAAAUGCUAUUUAGUUCAGAUAUAAUUUAUUUUUUUUUUUGGCUUUACAGUUUACAGUAUAAAAAGUGUAUUUAUUUCAUCUGGAGUUGAUGCUUCUUAUAGUGAUAUGUAUAUGGAAUAGAUGAGAGGAGAAGCCUUAAGAAAGAAACACAAACUUCUUAAGUUAGAGACUUAGCAAGCUUUGUAAAUAGCCUUGUGGAAUCUGUAAGCAAGAAGGAUGGGUAGCUGAUUGCUGUGAUGUCAAAUUCAUGUCAAACAGCUACGAAUGUAGUAUCAAUAGCUUGUGAUAUUAUCUCAAGGAAAACAAACUGGAAAAACAUAAAUCACGUGGUGCUAACGACACCUUGUGUGGUCCUCUUGGAUUAGGCUUGAUUUCAGCUGAAUUGCUACUGCCUCAAGGAAAAUUAAGAUGGAUGGAACAACUUAAUUCAGAAGGACUUGCCAUGGGGUGCUGAAGCCUUGUCUCAUUGAUUCAGAGAGACUGGACCUAAAUGGCGCAGCAUGACUUUGCUCCAGCCUGGCUUAAUUUUCCUACUCCACCAUCAUCAACAAAGUCAUCACUGAACUUUGAGAGACAUUCUGAAAACAUUUUGUGGACAGAGAAUCAUUAUGAAGUAAAUCGCAGAAGACACAACUCCUCAGAUGGGCUUGAUUCUAACGUUGGACGACAUUAUGGAGGGCAUUUUGGAAGAAAAGAGAAGAAUGGUUGGCGUUCACAAGGCAGAAAUGGUACAGAAAAUAUAAACUAUCGUGGGGGAUACCAUGGCGGAGGUUCCCGUGCUCAUACCAGCACUUCCCACUGUGGAAAAAUCCAAGGACUGCAUGAAAACAAUGUACCUGAUAAUGACACUGGGAAAAAGGAAGACAAGGAAGUACCUAAACAGUUUGAGGCUGAGGAUUUUCCAUCUUUGAAUCCUGAAUAUGAGAGGGAACCAAACCAGAAUAAGUCUUUAGCUGCAGGUGUGUGGGAGUAUCCCUUGAAUCCCAAAUCUAGAUCUUCAAGAAUGCUGGUCAUUAAAAAGGGCAGUACAAAAGAACUGCAAAUAUCUGGAUUCCCUCUACUAGGAAGUCUUCAUUUACAGCCAGUAAAAAAUGGAACUGGCACAAGUGUUUAUAAAGGAUUAGUCCCUAAACCUGCCACUCCACCCGCAAAGACUACGCAGUGGAAAAGCCAAGCAAAAGAAAAUAAAACUGGGAUUCCAUUUUCUCAUGAAUCUACAUAUGGUAUUGGCAAUUUCAGUCCUUUCAAAUCGAACAACAAGGCAUUUCCUGUAUCACAGAAUUCAGUGAAAGAGUGUAAUCAGUCAAAUUCUUCAUCCCCUGUUGACAAAGUUGGUCAGCCUCAUUUAACAAAGUUGACAAGAAUGCGGACUGAUAAGAAGAGUGAAUUUUUGAAAGCAUUGAAACAAAGAGUGGAAGAACACGAAGAUGAAAAUCAUGCUGGGCGAGAGAAGGAUGACUCCUUUAACUUGCAUAACAGCAACAGUCCUCGUCAUGAGAGAUAUAUAAAUCAAAACUUUGAAAAUGAAAUUCCGCAAGAGAAUGGCAAUGCUUCAGUUACAUCUCAACUAGUCAUUAGAUCUUCAACUUUUCCUCAGGCAGAUGUUCUUUCAAGCUCACUUGAGGCAGAGCAUAGGUUGUUAAAGGAGAUGGGCUGGCAGGAAGAGAGUGAAAAUGAUGAAACAUGUGCUCCACUAACAGAGGAUGAGAUGAGGGAAUUCCAAGCCAUUAGUGAACAGUUACAAAAAAAUGGCCUUCGGAAAAACGGCAUUUUGAAAAAUGGCCUUAUCUGCGAUUUUAAAUUUAGCCCCUGGAAAAACAGCACUUUCCAACCUGCUCUGGAGAAUGAUGAUUCUGAGACAAGCAGCAGUGAUACAUCAGAUGAUGAUGAUGUGUGAAGAUUUCUGUAACAUCUGUAGAUGCUCGUUUUGUUCUCAUGAAAAUAUGGGGAUGUAUUGUUUAAAACAAAUCUUAAUUUAUGCAGUAACAUGCCUCAUUAGAGGAAGAUUGAUGGGACUUCUCUCUGAAGAAAGCAAGGAACGUUGUGUUGGGUGUGUUGAACAUUGCUAUAAUUUCUUUGUAAACAAAUGUUUUAGAAUGAGGACUUAGGUUGACCCAGCAUUGACUUUCUUCCUCACUGCAGCAUUUCUGACUAGCAAUGUGACAAUGUAACAAAUCAGACUUUCUCAUUUAAUAAUAAAAACAAAAAGAAUUGCAAUAUCUUGCAAAGCUUCUGUCUUAGUGUCCAAGUAUAGACUUGAAAAAAAAAAGCAGCUUAACACAGUUUUGCUUGUCAUUUCUUUCUUACAAUGGAAAUCCUCAAAUCCACUUUGUAUGCAAAAAGGGCAAUGUAGAGUGCUGUCUAAAAUGAGCGAAGUACACUAAAACUCUUUUCCUUAAUUUAUCUGUUCUACUUCUUCCACACAUAAUUGUUCUUUAGCUAUUGUAGUGUAGUCAUUGUUAUUAAUGGCAAAAAGACCUGAUGUUACGGUUCCAAAUUUCUAGAAGUAACCUUUAAAUUGAAAGCUUUAUGGGUUAUUGCAAGACCCAAUAUGCCACAGUGAACACAUUCUUGUGGGAAAAUAAGUACUUUGAAUUUACUAUUCACCAGCAGAAAAAUAAUAAAACUGACUGGAUUUGUCCACUAUAUGGAAAAUAAACUGUUUUACAGAGUAUUGUCUCAGUGCAUAGCAUUAAGGGUAUUGUUUUUAAAUCUAGUAAGUUUUGUUUGCAUUUAUAUUAAAUGUACUCUGGCAGGAGUCAUUGCAUUUCAGAAUGACAUAAAGAUGUUUUUAUCACCAGCUCUUGCUUUGUAGCAGCAGAAGUAUAUCUAUGCAAUAAGCAUCUGUUUUGAUUAUAUAUUUUCCACAAGGUUGUGUAAACUAUGUAGCGUUAAUCCAUGAGCACAACUGCUCUCAGUGAUGUCACAUACACUUAUAGUACAGCUUAUAUAGACAUUCCUCGUCAAGGUAUUUUUGAAUUGCACUACUUUUUAUAGUAAGUAAUUCACAAUUUUAAACUCUAAAGCAAAAAUAUCAAGAUGAGCUUUUGUCCAUGUUUAACUUUUUUAGGAAAAACCUUUUUAAAUAAGGUGACAUCUAACAAUUUUGGGCCAAAGAUGUAGCGUGUUUUUCUUUUUCCUUUUUAUUAGUUUAAAUAAGGGGGGUUAUUCAAUACAUUGUUUUUUUUUCAUUUCUUUCUUUGAACAAACAUUCAAAUGUUGGUGUAGUUUAUUUUGGCACAAUGUUUUCAAAUAUGCCAUUUUGUUGUCUUAAUUUUAGAGGAUAAAAAUGUUUGUUUUUUUGAAGAGAAAACUGCUGUAUCAGUAAUGAAGUCUUUCCUACUUGUAUGCCUUAAA